AUGCUUUCUUCGAGCUCGCAUCUCUCGAGACCGAUAAAGGAUAACGAGAGCUCGAUAACGACACGUUGCCGCGCGCUGUCGGUUUGCUCGCCGGCGAGCAACGUCUACCUGAGGAUAAAGCCCGCCACGCUGGACUCGGCCUCCCCGGCCGAGGAGGUGUACGCGUUGCCCGACUCGACCACCCUCCACGUAAAGAGGGGGGAGAACGUGGAGAAGAGGUACUCGUUCACGAGGAUAUUCGACGGGGACACGAAGCAGGCCGACUUCUUUUACGAGAGCGUGCGGAGGCAGGUGAUCCACCUGCUGCUUGGCGAGAGUUCGACCGUGAUCACGUAUGGGGCGUCGAACACGGGGAAAACGUACACGUUGUACGGGACCCCGGAGGAGCCGGGCGCCAUACCCCGCUCCAUCGAGCUCCUGUUCUCGGCCAUCAACUGCACCCUGGCCCCCUGGUACAAGAUCGGGGACGACAACGCGGUGGUCGCCCUGGACGAGCCCGAGCGCACCUUCGAGAUAUUCAACAGGACGAGCCUGAUUAGCCCGGGCGUGAUGGCCAGGGACGAGUACACGCAGGCCCGGCUCUCCCUCGACAACUCGAGCCCUCGAAGGCUCGCCGAGGCCGAGGAGAGGGAUCUGUGGAGCGACGGCUGCGUCUCCUCCGUGUGGAUCUCGGUGGCCGAGAUCUACAACGACAACGUGUACGACCUGCUGCUCGGCCACGAGCAGGAGAGGAGGCCGCUCAGGGUCACCACCCGCAAGGACGGGUCCACCUUCGUCAACGGUUUGAAGUUCGUCCACAUAACGACCGCCCUCGAGGCUUGCCAACUAUUGAUCCUCGUCCAGUCGAGGAUGACCGUGGCACCGGCCGCCGAGUCGAACGCGUCCAACUCCCAGUCCCACACGUUCUUCACGCUCAAGCUGCUCAAGUACGAGAAGGAGAACAGGCCGGACACGGUGCGGGUCAGCACGUUGACGUUCUGCGACGUGGCCGGGUCGAGGCGGGUGAAGCAGGGAAGCAACAGCAGGGAUCACGACGGCAACAACUGCCGCCUGGCCGAGUCGCGCAACAUAAACAACAGCCUGCUGGUCCUGGGAAGGUGUUUGAAAACGUUGCGCGACAGUUACUCGUCCGGCGACCACGUGGCCGGUCCGUUCCGCGAGUCCAAGUUGACAAGGAUACUUCAGAAGGUGUUGACCGGAAGGGAGAAGUUCAGCUUCGUGGUCACCGUAGACAUCGGGAUGGACACGUUCGCGGAGACGUUGAGCGUGCUCAAUUUCUCCGCGAUGGCCAAGAGGUUGGGCGAGUCGAGAUCGUUGAGGAGGGCCGCGUUCCCCCUCGCCACCCCUCGAAACGCCAAAUCCUCCACCAACCUGCUCUCCCUCGCGCAGCAACAAUCGUCGAGCAAUCAUCAUCCUGUCAAAAGGACGAUCGCGAUCGACUUGGAUGCGUACGAGGAUCUGAAGAGGGAGAACGAGAAGCUGAGGGAGGAGGCGGACGUUUGGAGGAGGAGGGGAGGGGAGGCGGUGGUCUCGAGGCACACGCAGUCGGACGUCUCGUCCCUGGAUUACGACCGACUGAAGGAUAGGAACAGGGAGUUGGUGGAGCGGGUGCAGGCGUUGGAGGAGGGGAAUCUGAAUCGGGAGUACGAGAUCAGGCAGGAAUUGGUGGAUCGGUAUUCGAUCGCGAUCGAGGAGUUGGAGGCGUGUUGGAGGAAGCGGGUGCAGGAUGUCGAGGAGGAGGGGAAGAAUCUGUUGAAGUGGUCGGUCGGCCAGGUGGUCGUGUUGAGAGAAUUGGUGCGCGAUCUGAGAACGGAGAACGAGCUGUUGGUCACGGAUAGGAACAAGUGCAGCUUCGAGUUGGUGUUGACGAAGGAGAAGCUGAAAAGUUUCCACGACUUGAUACGCGUCCACUUCCCCGAAUUGGGGAACGAGGAUGGGAACGACGUGGGCCGGCUCGUGCACGAGUUGAAGCGCGUGCUGGACGAGAAGACGGAGGACAUCGAGUCGUUGGAGAAGAAUCUGAGCCGUGCCUCGGACGAUUACGUGAAGAUGGUGACGAAAACGAUGGACACGGAGAAGGAGUUGCGCGAGACGAAGGCCAGGCUGCAAGAGGUGUUGUUGCGCGCGAGAGAAUUCGAGAACGAGGUGAAAGAGAAGACGAAUCUCGCCAACGAUUUGCAACUGCAGCUGCAGUUGUUGAGGAAGGAGCUGGUCGAGAUACGCGAAUGUGAGAGCGAUUACGUUACUUUCCCGUCUAUCGAGAAAGGGGAGGAUGCGAGUAAUUUCACCCGGAAAUAUAAUGUUUACAGCGAUGACCUAUUCUCUAGCGACAACAGCGACAACAACGCGGAGCUAGUCGCGAGCCGGCCGAGAGAAACGGAUCGCUGCUCGUGCGACAAUUACGAUUGCGAUAAAAACUCGGCGAAGAAGAAGGUGUCGUUGAACGGUAUGGGCUCGGACGCGUCGGAUCGUCACACGUUCAGAUCGAGCGACAGCGGUAUUAAGGAGGAUUCAGGGAUCGAUUUCACUUGCCCGAGGUCGAACAGCAACGGCGACGCGGACAAUUCCAUCCUCGAAAGGGCGAGGGAAAAUUUCACCCAAACCGAUCCCCUCUUCCCCGCCCAAACUUCCCCCCCCAACCGCGAAGGGGCGCAGAAACGGUCGUCGAACCGGGUCGUCGUCGAGUUGGAACAACUGUCGCAUCGCGUGAACGACAUGAGAUCGGUGAUAGAGACGUUGAAACGGAUCGCCGAUCUGAACAAGUCGGAAGUGUCGGAAUGCAAGAGCAAACUGUUGUCGUGCGAGGCGAAAAUGGCCGAGUUGGAGGAGGAGAACGAGAAACUGACGAGGAUGGUCGAGAUAGAUUCGCGCAGGUACAACGAGCGGAUCAACGAGUUGACCGAGGAGUUGUUGGUCAAGGAGGAGGACGAUAAUCACAGUUUGAAAAAGUUGGAGAACUGUUUGAAGAAGUGCGCCUAUCUGGAGAAUCAAUUGGCCGUGCUCCAUCUCGUGCACGAGAGAACGGUGAAAUAUUUCUCGAGGCGCAAGGCCGAGAUCGACAAGUUGGAGAGAGAUCCGAAGAGGAACACGAAGCAGCGGGAGGGAGAGGAGGAGACGCGCGGAGGCGAUCUGUUCAGGUUGCAACAAUUGCGCGACAAGAUGGACGAGUUCGAGAUCGUUUUGGAAAAGUGCAAGGAGGAGAGGAACGAUUAUCGCGUCCAGUUGCAGGAGCAGUUGGAGACCCAGUCGAUGCUCGAGAUGAAAUUGAAGUGGUUGUCCACGGAAAUUCGAAGCAGGGACGACAAGCUGAUCUCUCUGAGGAUGGAGAUUGACGGUAUGGCGGUGGUGAACGGUUCCAACGACGAGAAGGUGAAGAGUUUGGGGGAGGAGAUCGGCCGGUCGAGCGAGAACGUGCGCCGCGUGAGGGAAAGGUUGACGUACUUCGAACAGACGAGGAAAAAUUUGGAGCAGAGUUUCGCCGAUAAUAUCCUCGGCCCUCGAACGAAUCCCCCGGCGGGAUCCCGGGCGAAGAAGAUCGCGUAUCGCGGGGGGGAGGGCGAGGAGGACGAGCUUUGCACGAUAAAGCUGCAGUUGCGGGAAAACGAGCGGGAGAUGGACUCGUUGAGGAAACAUCGGAACGACAUGGUGAAAAAGUACGAGUGCACGGUGCAAAAGUUGCGGAUCGAGAUCGAAAGGAUGAGGAGAAGGUUGAUAAAUUUGCAGAAACUACUUUUGACGAAUUUCGCGUGGAGGUACAGGAAAUUCCUGAACAAGAGGCGCGGGAAGCGUAUAAUUUUCCAAUUGGAGAAAUUGACGAAGAGGAAAGUUAGCGACGAGGAAUUGUCGUUGCCGAUCGUCGAACGAUCGAUCGCCAGCCCGCGCUACGCCGAUUCCCAAUCAUCCGUGAGAAACGAGGAAUUCGAUACCGUCGGUGCAUACGAGUCGGAGGAAUCUUACCAAACAGAGAGCAGUUUGGGUUUGAACGAGUGGAACGUAGACGGGUGUCAGAUCCAGAGCGACGCCUCUGACUGUUCCGAAGUGCAGUGCGGUUGCGGUAUCGGUUUUAAAAAUGCUGCGAGGCACGGGAGAAUGUCGGGUUGGAUGAAAGUUCGAAGAAGCUGCGCGAAUACUUGUCUCCUGCGUCAACUCGACGGAACCCGAGCCAGCGUCGAGCAAGGAUGA